AUGGCGGCCGCAUUUAAUGAGAAGCGCUUAUCUGUAGACAAUUACAGAUCAUGGAAGGCCCAAUUCAAAGGAUUACUCAUGGGCAAUGAGUUAUGCGGCCACGUCAUUGGAAAAGUACCACAAUCGGCGGCUGGAGCUGAUGCAAUUGCGACAUGGGUCAAAAAUGACCGAAAGGCAAUGUCACACCUACUUAUAUCCAUCGGUAUAGACGAGGCAGCAUCGUACGAUGAUCUGGAAAUGUCCAAGGAAAUUUGGGAUAAGACCAAGGAGACGUACGAAUCGGGUGGUCAAGUACGGAAAGCGUUACUACUCAAGAGGUUGACUCUCGCACAAAUAAAAGAGGGAGAAGAUGUAAGGAAGCAUAUCAUAGAAUUUGACGAGGCAGUCAAGAGACCCACAGAGAUAAAUUAG